CAAAAACUCAACCCUAAAGAUAUGGCAACGAUUGAUAACAUAUCAAUAAUUGCCUCAGACAGACUCUCUUUAGCCAUACAAUGUGUUGGUUGACUUGGAAAGCAAUUCAGAAUCAUCGAAGUGAAGUGGAGCCCAGAUCGGAGGACCUAGUCCACCUAAGGGAGACUUUAUUUCGACUCCAAGCGGAACUGGAUGCUGCCUACGAUAUUGUCAGUGAGAUGGACUUUGAUCUGGAUGAUGUGUAUCUGCUGGAAAUUCAAAACCAAUGGCUGCGCGACGAACUAAAAGAGUUAAAAGCCAACGCUGAAACUGAAGGUGGAGAAGUGUAUGUGGCACACAGAAACAGAAAAGAGCGACCAUCUGCACGACAUAAGCGACGCAUCUAUAGACAGCAAGUGGCAUGCGGCAUGCUUGGACAGAGCCUCAAAGAACUGGCACUGGAGCGUAGAUAUGCACGCCAAUGGGAUGGAUCAAUUAUUGGGGAAUUAUUUCGCUGCCAGUUGGAAGCGAGUGACAAAUGAAUCUUUAUAUUGUACAGUUUUAGGUAUUAAAGCUUAUCAAAAGCACUGAGGAAGAGGAAACUCUUCAGCUACGCUUAUGAUAACGAUGGCACAC